UUUCUUAACUGCAGAUUGUUAAAUUCAAGGCCAAGCUUAUCACAUCCUGGACGCUGCAAUCGGAACGUGCAAAGCGUUUUUCUUUAGUCGUGUUGCGAAGCUGCACAGCGGUAGACCGAAUCCAUUCCAUGACUAUUUCUGACCCUUAAACGUUGUAGUGUAUUUUAGUUGUGUGGUACUAAAUUGCAAUUUUUUUUCGUGCUUUGGAACAUCAUGAUCAUCAUGUUGUACCACAGAGGAGAAAAUGGAUGAGUCCACAAAUCUAAUAAUAGAUUGUUAUUACAAGAGCAAAGAAAAAGAACGUUAAAGAUAAAGAUGAUGUGGCGAACAUUGAAUGAUGCUAAUAAUCGAAUAAUUUAUUGCCUACGCUAUAAUAAACAACAAACUUAAUAAUAAGUGCUUUGCAACAUCAUUAUUAUCAUCGUAAACUAAAACAGAAAAGAAAAUCAUUGGAUAAUAUCAACAUAAUGAGCUCGUCAAGAGCAACGAUCAUUCCUUCGAAUGUUCGAUUGAAGACAAUGAUAACGUGGUGAACAUUGAACAAUGCGGAGUGAUCCGAUAAUAACAGAAUAAUUACUGCCUACGUUAUACGAAUAAAAAAGAAACUUAAUAAUGAGUGCUUCACCAUCGACAUCGUAUUGGAUCGACAACAAGGAAAUAAUCGGAUGAUAUUUACUAAACAUGUCUAUAAAUCAUACAGUGGAUUGAUGUGAUUUGAAGCAAUGAGAAGAGACGUUAGAUUAGAUAUGAAGCCAACUUGCUGUACAUCGAAUGAUGCUAAAGGAUCAUAUGAUGAUCGAAUAAAUUGUUGCCUACGCUAUACUAUUCGAAUAAACAGCAACAUAUAAAAAUGAGAUGUGCAUCGCGGUGAGCUGUUCGGUCUUCCUGGUCUGUUUGAUGAUCGCUCUCCUGUUGGUCUUCCUCUACAAGCCCUUCCACUUCUGGGAAGUUCGUCGCGAGUACCGCAACUGAUAGAACAACGUCGAUCAUGAAGCUUCUGAUCGUCCUGGGACUGGUCGCGACGAUGACCAGCGCAUCGUUGCUGGACAUGUCGCAGGUGUUGUGGUCGAGAGUGUUGGACGGUGGUUACCGCAAGGUCGGCAAGGUCGAUCCUCUGCUGGUACCGGUGGUCAAGGUGGACCAGUCCGAGGGUAACACCAGCUACCGAGUGAUCCUGAGGAACCUGCGGGUCACUGGGCUGAACACCUCGACCAUCGAGAGCGUCCACGUGGUCAGGGGGAAGCUCAAGUCGAACUUGAGCGACAGCGAGGCCGGCUACGUGAGCUACAACGAGCAGAAGGGCAUGGACUCGAUCAGGUACAGGUUCCACACUCUGGUGAAGGAGCCCAAAGGUCAGAGCAGCGAAGUGGAGCAGAGAGCGACAGAGCAGUUUGAGAGGAUCGUGCAGUUCGAUCCCAUGGCCACGAGGGUCAACGGUGAGCAGGAGGAUCUGCUGAAGUCUGGACAGAAGAUGAGGUCCGGGGUGAGGCAGGAGCAGGGAGAGGACAGGAUCUACAACUUCGGCGACAUGAGGGUCGUGAUGAACUCGACGCCCAGAAACCCAUCCCAGGUCCGAGUGGUCUACACCAACAAUUACGCCAACCAGCAGGCUUCGAACGUGCGGCCGUGCAUCGGCGCCUGCAGACCCUCUUACCUCCUGCAGCAGCAGAAGCAGCAGCAGCAGCAGCAGAACGUCCGCACUCGCGUCGACCAGAACCAGCGUUACGCCGAUCGAGUUGCCGAUACUCAGGAGUCGAGCACUGCCAGUUACGCAACCAGCCCGAAAGGAGCUGGCAAUUCCGGAAUGCAGUUUUCCGGCAGUUUCGGAAACGGAAGAUUCUCGGUCGAGAGCCAGGCUACUGGAUCGACGGUCGCUCCUGCCGCCAGUGGUCCCGGACUGCUGUACUCGGGUAACCUCGGGAACAGCCGAUUCUCGGUGAACGGCCAGAGCGGACAGAUAGCCAACCCUGGAGAACGAGUCAAGGGAGGUAAUGAGUACUCCGGUAGCUUUGGGAACAACCGAUUCUCGGUGAACAGUCAGACGGCUGCUCCUGGAGAACAGCCUCCGGCCCAGUUCUCCGGUAGCUUCGGUAACGGAAGGUUCUCCGUCGAGGGUGGAAGCCCCUACGGAGGACAGGAGGAGAACACCGCCACUACCGGCAGCUACGAGGCGACGGCUCAAUACGCUGGAGCUACCUCCGACGUCAGGGGAGGUAACAACCCCCCGUUUUACUACUCCGGUGACAUGCCGGCCGGCACGACCUUGGACGGGUUCACCGGUCAACCGGUCGAGUACGCCGAUCCCGAGUAUCGAUACCUCUGCGAAGGCCAGCAAGACUCCCGUCCCCUGCACUUCGAAUCCGGUCUGCGCAGCAGAAUCGGUAAGGAACCUACCACUCCAUUGUUCGAUCAGUUCGAGCCGUACAAGGCCCCCAUGGUGCGCAUCGAGAAACAGCCCGGCUUCGUGGACAUCGUCUACGCCGGUGACAGGAAGCAGACCAGCGAGUCCCGGAAAGUCGAGAACCUCAACGCCGGCUUCAUGGAGAUCAUCAAGGACCUCAGCGGCAACCAGCGUUACAUAAUCCACAACUUCACCGAGGGCGAGUCUCUGAGGAGGCGCAACGACGCGGUCCGCGUCGCCGCCGAGUCGAAGCGCAUCAAGGACCUCCUAAGAUACGCCAAGGACUACCAGGAGCAGCAGGGCUACUUCGAGGAGGGCAUGGAACUGAUCUACCACUUUGGCGAUCUCAACGAUAAUAAAACGGCCAACGAGACGCUCGCCCGUAGGAAACGACAGCAGAGCAACGACACGGAGGAGGAGGACGUGAUGCACGUGAUCGUGAGGCUGCGCGUCCCGAAGCUUAACGUCAAGGCCAACUACGCCCUUCUGGGUCAGGUCGGCAAGCAGCCGAUGCGCGGAGCUGGCCUCCUCGACGGAAACUUCACCGACGUGACAGCCGAUUUCACGGUCGAGCUGAAGAAAGUCGACAACAAGACUAUGGUCGUACGGGCAGCCCGGGCGAAACUCGUCUCCAAAGACCGCAGUAUCAAGCUCCAGGGUAUGGACGAGAGAGGACCAGUCAGUCGGAUUCUGAGUCACGGUCUGAUGGCAGCCGAGGCUGUGGCUGCGAUGAUAGCCGACGACCUGGCGAGUAAGGCCCUGAACGAGGACAACAACGAGGCGAUGAUCUACAAGAUGUACAAGAACCUGCCGAUCGUCGAGAAACCGUGACGAUACAGUGAGAUAUGGACGUGGGCCAGAUCCUGGUGUACUACAGGCAGCUGAUCAUCUACCUGUUCGCCUACCUCUUCGUCUACCUGUCCGCCAUAAUUUUCGCCUACCUGUGCUACUACCUGAUGACGACUUGUUUGUACUGACGAAUAAAAUCUUAUUUUUGAUUA